AUGUAUGCUGUGACUAUUAGUGAUGAGGGUGACUGUUACCGGUGUUUCCCGCCCGACUCGGGCAUUGGUACUGCUGCUCUAGGUGCUGGUGAGGCUGCUGCUCUAGGUGCGAGUGCAUCUGCGCCCUCAGGUGCUGGUGAGUCUGCGCUCUCAGGUACCACGUCGGCUUCGGCCUCCCUCACCUUCACACUUGACUUAGGGGCUUCUCGCUCCUUCUUUCGAGACCGCACCACACUCACGCCGCUUGGUCGGCCGGUUGCAGUCUCCCUGGCAGACCCCUCUAGGGGUCCUGUCCUCUCUCACUUCUCCACUGUCCUCCCGUGUCCGGCUGCCCCCUCUGGCACCUUGUCUGGUCUUUACCUCCCCUCGUUCUCUACAAACUUGGUGAAUGGUGCUGACCUGCAGGAUACGGGGGUUCACCAGUUUACUCUUGCGAGUCAGCGGGUGACCCACUGCUCGGACGCUCGCACAGGCCGGCACCAGGCCACGUUUACGCGUCGGCCGGGGUCGAGCCUCUACACCCUGACCACUGGGUCUCCUCCUGUCCCUGCGUCUAGCCAAGUAGCUGCGUCGGGGCCUGGUCCUUCCUGUGUUCCCUGUGUCGAGGGGCGGCUCCGGGCUGCCCCUCACUCCUCUCAGUUUCCCCCGACAGAGGCCCCGCUGCAAUCGCUUCACAUGGACGUGUGGGGCCCGGCCCGCGUCCGUGGACAGGGUCAUGAGCGCUACUUUCUGCUGGUGGUUGACGACUACUCGCGUUACACCUCGGUCUUCCCCUUGCGCAGCAAGGGUGAUGUCACUGAGGUGUUGAUCGACUGGAUCCGCGCAGCUCGUCUCCAGCUCAGGAGGAGCUUCGGCUCGGACUUUCCUGUUCUGCGUCUGCACUCUGACCGAGGCGGAGAGUUCUCCUUUGGCCUUCUGCGAGCCUACUGCUGUGCGAGAGGCAUCCGCCAGACCUUUACACUUCCGGACUCUCCACAGCAAAAUGGGAUUGCUGAGCGCCGCAUUGGCAUGGUCAUGGACAUCGCUCGUACGUCCAUGAUGCAUGCGGCUGCCCCCCAUUUUCUGUGGCCGUUUGCGGUUCGGUACGCGGCGCAUCAGAUCAACCUUCACCCCAGGGUCUCCAUGCCGGAGACCUCCCCAGCUCUGCUGUGGACGGGGAAGGUAGGCGAUGCGUCUGCGUUCCGUGUCUGGGGAUCUCGGGCGUUUGUCCGCGACUUGUCUGCGGACAAACUGUCCCCUCGUGCUGCUCCUUGUGUCUUCCUUGGCUUCCCCCCUGACGCACCAGGGUGGCAGUUCUACCACCCCUCCUCUCGUCGUGUUCUGUCCUCCCAGGACGUCACGUUUGACGAGUCGGUCCCCUACUACCGUCUCUUCCCCUACCGCACUCCUUCCCUCCCCCCGUCGCCGCAAUUCCUUGUGCCGGGCCCCCCCCAGGUAGACCCCCUCCCCCCUCAGGGUCCUGCCCCUUCAGGUGUGUCCCAGGUAGACGCAGUCGAGCUGGUCGAGGUUGCUGGUGACUUUGGUACUACUGCGGGUGCUGAGCCUGGGGGUGCUGACUCUGGGGGUGCAGCGCGAGUGGGUGCUGAGCCUGGGGGUACUGAGCCUGGGGGUGCUACGACUGAGGGUGCUGAGCCUGGGGGUCCUUCGCCUGGGGGUGCUGCGUCUGGAGCUGCUGAGUCUGGGGGUGCUGCGCCUGGAGCUGCUGAGCCUGGGGGUACUGAGUCUGGAGCUGCUGAGCCUGGGGGUGCAGAGCCCGCGGCCGCUGGACCUGCUCGUGUGGCGUCUGGCGGUGCUGGGCCUGGUGGUUCUCCGGGUGCUUCGUCUCGGCGGGAGCCACUCUCUCCACAGGAGCUGCGCGAGUGGUUUGCCUGGCGCUGGAGGCGUACUGCUGGAGCUGGUGCUUCUUCGACUGCUGAGGGUGCUGGUGUCGCCAGUCUCGGAGGUGCUAGCUCUGGGAGUGCUGGAGCUGCUGGGCUUGCGAGUGCGACUGGAGUCGGAGCUGCUGAGGGUGUUGGCGCUGAGGCUACUGCUGUCAGUCCUAGCGGCGGUCCUGCUGCGGGUGCUGCUGGUGCUGCUGGAGGUACAGGAGCUGGAGGUGCUGUUGGCGCUGGUGCUGCCACUGGGAGUGCUGGUGCUGUCCCAGCUGUGUCUAGAGUCGCCGCGCGGCCUUGGCCGUACUUUGUUCCGCUCCUUCAGUAG